AUGGCUAACAGGGAAGUGAAGAAGCGCCCGGGAGAAAUAGAUGACGUUUAUUUCUGUGACACCAUGAGGAGGGAGCUCCAGCUGCUGACGGAUGAAUACAAAAAGAAGACUCAAAGGAAGCUCUUUUUAAAGUGCAUCCUAAAGACGGAGCUCCUUGUGGUGACAAUUUUUUUGGUUCCCCUGUUGGCGUGCCCAAUUUUUCUCAAGGACAACGAUAUAAUCAGUUCACAUUACCUGAAGGGUUUGUUCGUGCUGAUAUCUCUGCUGCUGCUCUUGUUCGUCUUUCUCUAUUACGAGAUUGAGGAUGCCCAAACGAACGAGUUUUUGAGAAAAAUAAACGAAGCUGCUAAGUUGUUAUCACCAAGGAACAUAUCCAAAAAAAAGAAGGAGGACGAUUGCCAUUUGAAUUAUUUGUCCAGCUCUAAUUUUAUUUUUAUUCAUAGGAACAGGAGAUGGGAGUUGCUUCCGACGAACCUGCUAAUCAAGCAGGACAUCUUCCUGCUGCGUGCCGGGGACCUCAUCCCCUGCAGAUGCGUGGAGUACAACAUGGACGAAAGCGCGUACGGGCGGCGGUACCAAAAAUAUGAGGUGUUCAUGCCCAUGGACAAGGAUCAAAUUAGUAUGAACCUUUUGACAAGACACGCGAAGGACGAUAAGAGGGACUACCUGCCCUCCUUCCAUCUCUACUCAUUCGUGGCAAAAGAAAACGUAUCCAUAUGUACCAUCAAAAAGUACAUGCUGGACUCCACAGACAAGAAUCGAAUUUCGAAGCAUAAGGGUAACCUGAGGAAUGUGAUCCUGACGGAGAAGAUACACACAUGUUACCUGUUCACGUGGGUGGUUCUCUUUUUGGUUUGUGUCCUGGCAGCGGUGGUGUACUUCACCGACAUGAGGAACCACGGGGAGGAUGUCCCCCACUUUGUCCUUACGUACUUCCUACUGUACAGCGUGCUGAUGUCGAUCACGAUGCUGCCCUUUUUCCACAGAAUCUUCUCUGAGCUGAUAUACGGAUACUGCUCCUCUCUGAAUCUGAUCUAUGAGAGUUAUUUCAAGGAGGAGAUGAACUACGAAAGGAAUUUUUCUUCUUCUUUCGAUUUUUCCACCACGACAGAAGAUACGUCCUAUGCAAAUAAGAAGCGCUUCGGGUUGUUCUACACCUUGAAGAGCAUAUUUUUUCUGAUCAUUAAGGGCAUCAAAAUUGAUAAAUGCUACCUGAACAUCCUGAGCGACUGCUCAGUGUUGUGUUUCCUAGACAGUAGCGGACUGCUGCUAGACAGCAAUCACAGCAUCAAGGAGAUCUGCUUGUAUAACUACAUGAACUCGAAGAAGGAGACUCCGUCAAGCUCGGCCAUGAUGAAGGGGGUACCAAAUCACAACAACUACAUCCUCACUGUUAUUGAUAUCCUCAUGGACAACAAGAGCAUGUAUGCCUAUCAGAGAAUUAAAAAUCGCAAAAUACUGCACUCCCUCUUUCUGCUGUCCUACUACACCCAAGUUCCUAAAUACGUAAAACUGCUAGACGAGUUCCAAAACAACAUCCUGAAUUACAUGAACCAGCUGGACUACAGCCACCUCUUCAUUUGUCUCUGCGACAUUGGCAACAUUUCGUACCCCUACAAUAAAUUUAUUUUCCACAAGCUCUUCCUUUGCGUGGAAAACAAAAGCAGCUAUGAGCUGUACAAGAAGAAAAGUAGCGAGCUGAAGAAGCACAAGAAGACCACAGGGGACGGUGGCGAGCUGCCAUACCACGUGCACGAGCACGGCGAGAAGGGGCACGCCCUAGGCAUCAACAUCUACGACGCGGUCACGUCCAGGGACAACUUUGUGUUUGCCUUUGUCCUGUGCGAGAAGAAGAAGGACAAGUACCACCUCUUUCUGAAGGGACAACUGGACGCCCUCGUGAACAAGUGCAUGUUCUACUACGACGGAAAGACCAUCAACAGGCUGAAGCGGAGGAAGAAGAAAGUGCUGCGCAUUCUGAAUAUGCAGUGGAUAUCCUCAGGAAUAGAAAGCAUAUGCUUUGCAUACAGACCCCUGAGCACAGAAGAGAGCAACUACAUGAAAAAUAAUUUUCAAAAAAACGUGUACCUUUUGACAAUAAACAAGCGUAAAGUGUAUCAUCUCAGAAAUUUUUAUAAUGAAAAUCCCUUCCCUGUGAAGGGGAAUGAAAAAUUCCUCUCUCACUUGCUCUCGACGAGUAUCUUCAUCGGCAACUCCGCAGUGAAACUCAUGACGAACAGCGAAAUACAGAUGAGAAUCAACGACUUCUACAAUGUGGGUCUCUUUGAAAUGGCAGGAAUCCGCUUCGUGCAUUUCAGCAAAACGGAUCAAGCAAACACGAGGAACGUGUCGAAUCUGUUGGGAAUGGAGACAAACUGGAACACUUCAAUUUCGCUGAGCCUCAACGAUAAGUCUAGCUUCAAAAACAGGGACGGGAAGGUCGUCAUCCCGAGUGGCAUUAACAACAUAAAGACGCAUAUCCAGGAGGUGGAUGACAUCCCGUUGCGAGUCUCGUCCUACUCAGGCUGCAACCAGUUCAACACAGCCGAGAUGAUUAAAAUUUUGCUCGAGAACAACGAAAUCAUCACCUGCGUUGGGAACAGCCUCAACUGCUGCAACUUCGAAGUGUACAGCUUGUGUAACUACGCCGUGUCCAUUCUGCUCCCGCACAAUAAUUCCUGUAAAUACUGCCAAGGAAAAAGGGAGAGGAACACCCCAUUUGAUGAGCUGUCCACAAAGCAGAACCCGCUCAUCUCGUAUGCCUCCUUCGUGAAUACGUUGCCGUGCAAUUUGAUAAUAGAGAAGAGUCGAUUGGGUAGGUUUCAAGAGACCAGCUGGUCAAGAGGUCAAGAGAUCAGCUGGUCAAGAGAUUAGAUGGAGCUCGUGUACAAACUACUGAAGAGUUCGAGAAUCCACAAGAAGAACGUCUCCCUGACGAUUUUUUUUUUUUACUUCUACUACUCCCAGUUGUCCUUCCUCCUGUUCAUCGUUUUGGUGUUCUUUUUACCCCCCCUGAUCUCGGUCAUGGAUUACCUCCUGUUCAUCCUUCUGAUCAUCCCCCUGCUGUCAAUCGCCCUCCUGGGAAACGACAACAACGGAACCAUAAUGAAUGAGAUCCCCGACAAAGUCAUCACGCGGGAGUUCUUGCUGAAGAGGCUGCUCUUCUACCUCAUCAGGUGGAUCCCCUUCAUGCUGUUCUGCCUCACGUUGCCUGUCUACUAUGUGCAACUAAUUAACAAGCAGUUUGCCAGCAAGUACAUUUUGGAGUCCACCCUGAGCGAAGACCUGUUGAGUUCAUUGCAGAAAAAUUUCUUGUACGAACCCCUGUACAAGCUCAGCUGCAUCCAUAACUCAAAAACGUACUACUCCUGCCUGUUCAUCUUCCUCAUUUUGAGCCUCCUGUACGUGGCCCUCCGCAUCUACAUGCUCCCCUCCUAUUACGUAAUUCAGUUUCCCGAUGCGACUCUCAGUAUACUUAUAGUUAUUUUCAGCCUCAUCUUAUUAGCAACAAACGAGACGUUAAAGCGUGUGGAAGCAAGGAUAAAAACGAACAGGCAAAAAUAUUUGAAGGUUCUGUUUGGGACUCGCUUGGGCAUGUGGAGUCCCAAGUGA